UUGGCGCCGGCGCGCAUUUAGCUCUCUCAAUUGCAGCGACCUCCCACCGGAGCAAGCACCGAAGAAAUCAUCUCAAGAAACAUCUACCAGCGCGUGCUGGCCACACCAGAACGCGCAGCGCCCAGAACGCACCGGAGAGCACUCUCCCGAGGCCCCAGGCUCAGCAAGAGCAAAAGGCGUCGACACCCAGACGCGCAGCACCAAACAAGCCAUGGAAAACAAGGACUUCGUCAAGCUCAUCGAGGCCACGGGCUUCGGCAACGUAGCAAGAGAGCUCGGGCUGGUCGACGCGAACAACCUGCUCCCGGCGGCCUACGUCCAGCCGCCUCCCACUCCGAAAGCGCCGAAGGCCAAGGCCUCACCCCCGCCGCCGCCGCCCGAGACGCCGACGGCGCCGAAGCCACCACCUGUUGCUAUCGAUCCACCGGCGCGAAGACCCUCGAGCAGAGGCACUCGAGUGUCUCCCCGAGAGACCCGUCGAUCUUCUAGGGCAGAAGCCCCGCCCUCGGAGACGAAGCGCCGGAGAACGGAGACGCCGAAAGUAGACGCUGAUAAAAGAGGCUUACGGCAUUUCUCGAGGAGAGUAUGUGCGAAGGUCGAAGAACGCGGCGUGACGACCUACAACGAGGUCGCCGACGACCUCGUGCAGGAGUUCACGUCACUGCGAGGCAACGGCGCGUCCUUCGACGAGAAGAACAUCCGGCGACGCGUUUAUGAUGCUCUUAAUGUCUUGAUGGCCAUGGGUAUUAUUAGCAAGGAGAAAAAAGAAAUAAGAUGGUGCGGCCUGCCGUCGAAACAAGAAUCCAUGCGCGAGGACGCUCGGCGACGAAGGGAUCGCGCCGCGGUGGACGUGCGGAGAAAACGGCGACAUCUGCAAGAGCUAUUAACUCAACAUGCAUCUUUACAAAACUUAGCGAAGCUGAAUAAGAGAAGGGGUCUCGAGGCGAAGAAUUCAAAAGAUCUGAUGGACGAGGAUGGUGGGGAUGCCGAGGCGAACGCGACGCUCGCUCUGCCGUUCAUCGUCGUGGCGACGCCCGCGUCGACCACGGUCCGGUGCGAAGUCACGGACGAUCGUCGUGAAGUCUUCUUCGACUUCUCGGCGCCCUUCGAGAUCCGGGACGACGGUGACGUGUUGCGGGGGUUGGGGCUGCAUCGCGGCAUGCCGAAUAUACAGAGGGCGCCGCCCAAACUACCUUCCUUGUCGGAGGACGACGCUUCGGAGAAACCCACGCCUCUAAAAGCCGACGCCAAGGUCGAGGAGAUCCGGGCCGCGUAUCGGCGAGAACAGGAGGAGGCGCGGCGGCUCGCGGCGGCGAAGGCGGGGGCGUCCUAGUCGGCGUAAGAAGCGGGUACAUA